AUGCUGUCCCAAAUCACCAUUGCCCUAAGCCUCGUCCUGGCCGGAGCGUCUGCUCAACAAGCAGCCAACUGCGCGUACCAGUCACUGAAGUGUGGCUCUGUGCUUCUUGCUGCUCCAUUCUCCUACACCGAGGCCCAGCUCACUGCUGCCGUCAACGACACCGCUUCCAUCCCCGUAUUGAGCAGUACCCAGAUCUCCCAGACUCUCUUCCACUGCACCGACAUCCUGGGUACCGUCACUGGAAAUGCUUAUUGCUUCGCUGGCUGUGAUACGAAGCCUGGUGUCCGCAAUGAUCAAUGUAUCCUCUAA